CCUGUUGCAUAUUUUGACGCAAUUCCUACCCCACGCAAUAUUUCUUGUGUCUGGCGACACAAAAUGUUUUGGCGCUUUGACAGUGCUGAAUAAUACAUUUCUCAGUUUCACCAAUUCCAAUUUUAUUUUUUAAUUCAUACUCUUACACAUUCAAAACCCUUUAUUUUUUUUUAUACAUCUCUGCAUGGAACAUUCAAGCGACGCUAAUCCUGUCGUGGCGAUAGAAGAGCAAGCAGACGGUAACUAUGCACAGGCUUUACAAUCAAAAACAAAUGCAUAUUGCAAGCGCAUUUUAAAAAAGGAUUCUAAAAUUGAAAAAUCACAUUAAAGAGCUGUUAUAGUUGCCCUUGGCAAGGCAGUCAGAUACCUCGACGCGCUGGAUAUCUUCUCCAAGGGCGACCUCGAGCGCGUGCGCAAGAUUAUCCCCGGAUGGAUGCGCGAGUACCAAAAGGCCGAAGGCAGCGCAGACGACAGUUCCAGCAUCAACACAGGCGCCGGCGGCAACUACGACCCGCUCAUCGCAGCCUGCACGCCGCUGCACUUGGCCGUUCAGUGUCCACGCAAGGAUGUUAUCCAGACUAUUUUGGAUUUUGACAGCCCACGGGUGCCCGUGGACGCCGGUGAUCAGAACGGUAUGACAGCGCUGCACUUGGCAGCCAAGGCGGCGCGGCGGGACGUUGUGCGCAUGUUGCUGCGGCACGGCGCCGACGACAUGCUGCUGGACGCGCAGGGAAAUGAUGCCUUGGCGUACGCCACAGAGCCUGAUGUCGCUGCGGCCAUCCAGGACCAUCGCUUGGAGGAAAUCCAGGCCGCCACUACCCGGCUUUUCACACUGGUUCGAUCGGGCGACCACGCCGGCGUGCAGGCGAUGCUUGAUGAUGCGGCGCAGAUGGCGCGCGUCAACCUGGCUGCCCGUGACUCCAAGGAAAACGGCACUCUGCUGCACUUGGCGGUGCAGCAUGGCGAGGCUGAGCUGGCACGGUGGGCGGUGACCCAGGGCGUCGACGUCUUUGCGCGCGACUCGCAGGGCCACAUGGCCGAGCACUACGCCGGAGACCAUGCGAUGCGCGAUCUGCUGAGCCAGGCGCCCAUGGGCAGCACGCGCGCGGCUCCUUCCGGAUCCGCGCCCCACCUCAGCGGCGUGCUGUACAAGUGGACAAAUUACGUGGGCGGUUGGAAGUCCCGCUGGUUUGCGCUUUCUGGCGGCGUGCUGUCGUACUACAAGAGCGAGGCCGAUGCUGCUGACUCUUGCCGCGGAUCCAUCAACCUGCGCAUUGCCAAGAUCAUGCUGUCCAAGGACAAGUCGCAGUUCGAGGUGCACGGCAAGGGGAGCAACAAGUAUCGCCUCAAGGCAGAGAGCCCGGCUAUUGCCAAGCAAUGGGUGCACCUGCUAAAUGUGUCCAAGCAGUGGGCGCUUGAGAACACCAAGAAGGGCAAAGACGAUGAGGAUGAGGUCGUUUCUUCGGGCGGCAUGCUCAAGCCGCCUGCUAACUUUGACAGUGCGUCGAAGGGCAAGCAUCACGUGCGCGGAGCCAGCACAUCAUCGCGCACGUCGGGCAUCGGCAGCAGCAGUGCGACUGGCGGCAGCCGUCCGAAUGUGGUGCCUGGCUCGCCACUGGUCAGCACAGCCAGCCGUCAGUCAACUGACGAGACGGUAGCAUCGCCAGCGGCCAGCAUUCUGAGCAACGAGAGCGACGAUGAGCUGUACAUUCUUCGCGAAAACUAUCUCGCGCAAAUUUCUGAUCUCCGCUCGCAGCUGUUUAUUCAAGACCGCCUGCUCACGGGACUCGACAAAAUGCCACCUCGCGACGAGGCAAGCCGGUCCUCACCCGAAGAAAUGGCAAAGUACCUGGACAUUGCGACGCAGACCAUUGCCCAGUCGCGCUCUAUUGUUGAUAGUCUAGAGAAGGGGUACCGCGACACGUCAGCUGUGUGGCAGGUGCGUCUGCGCAAGGAGCAGGAGCGCAUCGAUAUGCUGGCAGACAGCCUGCGCACAGCCGUUGUAAGCUCGCAAAACCUGCUCGAGUCUGUCAGAUCAAAGAGCAAGGAGAUUCCGACACAAAAUGCUGCGGCGGUGGCGGCAGCGGCAGUCGCCGCUUCGGGGGGCGUGGGCAUCAGCCUGAAUGGCGCCGAGAUUCCGCCGCAGGACGACAGUGCUGACGAGGAUGAUGAUGACAGCGAUUUGGAUUUCGCGGAUGCCACGGACGAGUUCUUUGAUACGGCCGCUAGCAUCGUGUCCACGAACGCUGGUCUGCGCGGCAGCGCUAGCAGAACCAGUUUUUCGGCUGUGCGGUCGAACAGGUUGUCCCCAAGUAACAGUGGAAGCAGCAGCGAAGUGGCGAGUAUUGUCAACCAGGAGGCCGCUUCUGGUGCUGCUGCUGCUGCUGUUGGUGGUGCUGCCAGUGCUGAGGUUGUUGCUGCAGGAAGCACAGGGGAAGCAGAGGCUGCUCCUCAGGGCGAGCACGAUGAGCACGAAGGCCAGGAAGACCAAGAUGCUUUGGACUUUACGGCGCUCAGCGGGUAUUCGGUCCCAGUCAAAAUCCGCACGAGCCUUCCCGAGAUUACAAAGGGUGGGCCGUCGCUCAACCUGUGGUCUGUUAUCAGCGGCGCAAUCGGCAAGGAUCUGUCCAAGAUCUCAGUACCGGUCUUUUUCAACGAGCCGUCUUCUUUUUUGCAGCGCUUCACCGAGGACAUGGAAUACUGCGACUUGCUGGAGAUCGCUACGCUGAUGCCUCGCAGCGAGGAUCGCACGCUUCUGGUCGCCGGGUUUGCCAUGAGCAACUAUGCAUCCACCUUUGGCCGCGUUGCCAAGCCCUUUAACCCGCUGCUCGGCGAGACAUUCGAGUAUGUGCGGCGCGACAAGAAGUACCGCGCGCUGUCGGAGCAGGUCAAGCAUCACCCACCAAUCUCGGCGUGCUGGGUUGAGGGUAAGAACUACGUAUACCAUGCGGACACCAACAUUAAGUCCAAGUUCAACGGCGGCUCGCUCACGGUCGUACCGACAGGUGUCUGCCAUGUGGAGCUUAAACUACCCUUGGAGUUUCUUAAUUCGGACGAGGAGAAAGCGGCUGGAAAGCCGAAGCAGGCGGCCAAGAUUAACGAAAAGGAGGGCUACUUUACAGAGCACUAUACGUGGAACAAGCUGACAACAAACGUCAACGGCAUCAUGAUUGCGAACUUUUGGAUCGAGCAUGUCGGCGACCUGGAUGUCAAAAACCACCGCACGGGUGACUACACCAAGAUCACAUUCAUGCAGUCCAACUGGAUGGGCAAGAACAAGUUCCGCGUCACUGGUGAGGCCCUCGACCGCAGCGGCCGCGCAGUCUACGAUAUUGCUGGCGACUGGACCUCAAAGCUGGUUGCCAAGCCGGUAGGCUCAUCGCAAUUGAAAAAUGCUGAGUCCGAGGCCGAGGAUCUGGCGCCGCCUGCCGCGAUGGAUGAGGCCAGCAAUGCCAACGACGCAGUCAAGUACGCCGCGACCAACUCUCUGCACGCCCCGCGCAACAAGCCGUUUGUCCUGUGGAAGGCCAACCCGCGCCAAACGGAAUGCAACACGUACCACCUGACGACCUACGCCAUGUCGCUCAACGACUGCCCGGAUGAGCUGGAGCCCUACCUGUGCCCCACGGACUCGCGCUUCCGCCCCGACCAGAGGGCCAUGGAAACUGGCGAGUACGAGAUUGCGGACAAGGAAAAGUCCCGCUUGGAGAACAAGCAGAGAGGCACGAGGCGCAGGCGUGAGCAGGGCGAGCUGCCCGAGUGGAAGCCGCGCUGGUUUGUCGAGGCAUUUGACGAGGAUUCGGGUGAGUCCUACUGGAGGUUUACUGACGAGUACUGGACCGAAAGACAGGCCGCUGCCAAGCGCUUGUCUGCAGGAGAGCAGAGCAGCAAGGACAAGUCGACGUGGACCAACGUCGAAGAUAUUUUCUAACUUUUUUCUUUAUUUUCUCUUCUUUCCUCUCUAUUUCCAUUUCAUUUCAUAUCACCUUUUUAUGUUUCGAAAAGAA